UGUUUGGGACCAGUCGGGAUCAGCACCGCCAGUGCCACUCCUGCACUUUUCAGGCGUGGGGUGAAUUGGUUUUAUAAUGGGACUUCUUUCUGCCGCUACUGGGAACUCUCAGACUGGAAUAAUCUUCCUGGGGGUUCCCACUGCAGCCUCUGCUCUCUCCAUGCUUGGAAUGGCUGGGUGAUGCUGUGGGGCUUCACUUGCUGUUCUCCAGCGUCACCAUUGCUUUUCCUGUGCUGAUGCAAAGGGCUGUGGCUGGCUGUUCCAGACCCCAGAGCCACUUUUGGGGCUCAGCUACAAUGGGGAGUGGGGCUGCAGGGGCUGCAGCACCGGGCGUGAUGGAGUUAAGUCCUGCAUGGUGGGGGCAGCAGCACACUUCCAGCCCGGCCCCCCCCCUGACUAAGCUCUCCUUGAGUAGGAAAAAGGUGUUUCCUGUGCAUCUGCUGACACAAAGCUCCUGGGGAGGUGACGAGGUGGGACAGCAGCCAGCAGUGGUUCAGGGGCCAGCCUGGGGCACACUGUGUCCCCAUGGGGGACGUGGGGACCCUACUUCUCAGUCCCUGCCAGGGGUUGGCAGUGCUGUGGGGCAGAUCACAGGGGUUGGGGCAGGGGAGGCGUCGGAUGCUUGACAUGGGUUGGGGAGAGAUGUUGGCUAAAACAGCUUUAGGGGUGAUGGAGGAUUGCACAGGGGGAGCUGGACAAACACAGGUGAGAUGCUCAGGCAGGCACCAGCCCCUGCUGUGGCUGUGCCGACCCCCUGGGUGCCCAUUUCUGCUGCCAGGGUGGCAGAAAGGACCAAAAAUAGCCCAUGUGGUGGCAUUCCCUGCCUCCCCCUCCCUGCCACACCCCUGACGUCUGGAUCGGGGCGCCUCCUCCCCCGUUUCCUCAGGAAGAAAUCCAAGGUUGGGGAGAGGAAGAGGCUGCACCGCGGGAGGGAUAGGACGGGACAGACGGGACAGACGGACGGCAGUGUGGGGCUGGGGAGCCACAGGGACUCGGGCCCUCGUGCCCCGCUGGGAUGGGGAGCGCCCGGCCCAUCCUCUGCCUCCAGCUGUGGCUGUGGGUGCAGAGCUCUGCCCAGGAGCUGGACCCUGACGGCAGGAACGUCUGCAGGCUCCCCGCUGGCCCGGCGUGCUGCCCCGGCUGGAAGCAGGAAGGACGGGAGUGCACGGCCGCGCUGUGCGAGGGGGAGGAUGCCUGCGGGGCGGACGAGGUGUGCGUGAGACCUGGGGUUUGCCUCUGCAAACCCGGCUUCUUCGGAGCAGACUGCAGUUCCCGCUGCCCUGAGCAGUACUGGGGUCCCGACUGCAAGCGGAGCUGCACAUGCCACCCCAACGGGCGCUGCGACCCAGCGAGCGGGCGCUGCACCUGCGACCCCAACCACUGGGGAGAGCUCUGCCAGUUCCCCUGCCCCUGCAGCCCCCAUGGCCGCUGCGACCCCCUCACCGGCGCCUGCCGCUGUGAGCCGGGCUGGUGGGCACCUACCUGCAAGAAGCAAUGUCAGUGCAACCCCAGCAGCUCCCACUGUGACCCCCUCACCGGGCACUGCCACUGCCUGCCGGGCUGGUGGGGCAGGAGGUGCAGCUUCAAAUGCUCCUGCAACGUCUCCCCCUGUGCCCAGGAGACGGGCAAGUGCGAAUGCAAAGCUGGGUUUUGGGGGUCGGCGUGCCAGCGGCGCUGCGACUGCCUGCACGGCUCCUGCAACCCCCUCAGUGGCUACUGCAGCUGCAACCCUGGCUACCAGGGCAGGAGCUGCCAGGAGCCCUGUCCGGCAGGGAGAUAUGGGUCUCAGUGUGUGCACAGCUGCGGGAGCUGCCGGCACAACCAGCCCUGCUCGCCUCUGGACGGCACCUGCCCGGCCUGCCAGCCCGGCUGGAACGGGACCCUCUGCAAGGAACCCUGCGCUCCCGGCUUCCAUGGCGAGGGCUGUCUCCAGCCAUGUCCCCGCUGCAGGCGUGGGGACGUCUGUGACCCCGAGACCGGGUCCUGCCCGCGCUGCGAGCCUGGCUGGACUGGACCCAGCUGCAACAGCUCCUGCCCCGCAGGCACUUUUGGGGAUGGAUGCCAGCUCCUCUGCCCUGAAUGUGUUGCGGGGAGCUGUGACCCCGUGUCAGGAGCAUGUAUCUGCCAGGCGGGAUACUGGGGAGCCAGCUGCAACGACACCUGUCCAGAGGGGUAUUUUGGAGUGAACUGUUCCUCGACCUGCCAGUGCUCCCGGGGCACCUGCCACCCUGUGCAGGGGAACUGUGUGUGGAGUUUUAAGGACCACGGGGCUCUGGCAGCUGCCAUCCUCGUCCCUCUCCUGCUGCUGCUGCUCUGCAUCGCCUGCUGUUGCUGCGGAGCUGGCCCAGCAGAUGCUAGAGACAGGGCUGCCGUGCCGGAUGACGACAUGCUGGCCAGGAUGAAGCACCACGUGCAGGGGGUGCUGGCGAACCUCAGCGCUAUGAUGCCAUGUUUUGCUCUGGGCAGCUCCAAGCUUCCCAAAGUCACAGUUUCCCACCACGACACAGAAAUCCCCUUCAACCCCAGCUUCAUUGAGUCACCGUCAGCCGCGUGGGUUUCAGACAGCUCCUUCUCCUCCUCCUUCGACACUGACAACGAGGGACCCGAGUACUCUGUCCCUCCCAGAGAAGGCAUCCCGCUGCUGGGGGGGGCUGAGCUGCAGGAAGGGGCAUCCCCCCCUGGCGAGGUGCUCCCAGACCCGUCCGCCUUCGACUCCGAGGAUGUCUCGCAGCCCUUCGCCAUCCCUCGCACCUCCAGCAUUGCCAAGGCCAAGCGUCCCUCUGUGUCCUUUGCUGAAGGGACAAAAUUUGGGGCAGCGGAGACCCCCAGCCCUGGGCGGAAGCCCAAGACCCCAUGGGGCCCAUCCAAGCUGUCCCAGCCACCUGUGGACACAGCAGCUGAGCCCCCCGCUGAACAGCCAGCCAGUGAUUACUAUGAGAGCCCUGAGCCCCUCGGCAAGGGGGAGGAAAGCCACCGUCCAUCGCCUCGGGCCACCCCAGGGGGACGCCGACGGGUGGUGUCCAGCACCAGGCACGUGGCUCAGAGAGUGGAGGCUCUUGAAGCGGCUGCAAAAUCUGCCAGCUGGGAGGCAAAGGGGAAGGAGCCCAACGUCACCACCAUCUACAUGAUGGUGGGAACAGCCGGGCAGGACUCCAAGGCAGAGGGAGGUGGCGAGGGCCGGGUCCAGGCUGUGCUCAAGCGGCUGGGCAGCCUGCAGAGGGGCAAGUGGGCUGCAAAGGAGGAGCCCAAGGUGAGGAGGAGCGUCGAGGCCAUCCAGAAACCGCCCCGGCGGGCCCUGGCACAGCACAGAGACUCAGCAAACAGCUGCAAACAGAGGGAGAGUGUCCCAGGAGCUCCUGCCGAGCCAUCCACCAGCAAGCAGCAGCAUCUCCCUGGGAAGAGACAGUCCUUCCUUCUCACAUCUCCCUUGCCAGAAAGCACCGAGGCCCAGGAUGGGGCCAGUGAUGCUGUUGGUGCCACAGAGAGGGGCAAAAGCCCUGAGUUAGUCCUCAGCCUGGAGACAAAGGUACAGGCUGCCCCAAAGGAAGAGCCAAAAUACGAGAACGUGGUCAGUGGCAGUGCCGAUUCACCCCCCGGCCACACCGAGGAGCCACCGGCCACCCCUGCGGCCACCUGAGCCACCACCGCCUGGGCUGGGGCAGCGGGAGCCCAGGAGGCUACUCUGAGCCCAGUGUGGGGGGAGCUGAGGUCCCCUCUGAGCUGUGAACUGGCAAUGCAUCAAGAUUUCCCACUGACGCCCUUUUCUCCAUGCUGAGAGGCUGCUUGGGACCCUCACCGGUGGUGGGACGGGUGAUGCCGAGAGCCGCAGUGGUGGCAGCUCCAGGGCUUGUGGUGCUUCAGGGCUGUUUUUUGCCGUCCCUGCUCUAUGUGCCUCGUUCUGUGUCUGUGCCAAGGGACAGCUAUGCUCUGGAUGGAGCGGUGGCAUCUUCUGAUCGCUGUUGGUAUCGAGUCUGGGGAAACAUCCUUAUAAAUGGGUCUGCUGGGGGUUCUGCUGGGAAACACACAGGCAAAAACUAGUUUCACCCCAUCGGCUUUCACCUUUCCCUGUCCCAGCUCUGGUAACGCUGCUCAGAGCCUCUUGCUGUAAAGGUGCUUCUUGCUGGAAGGGAUUAUUUUGUGGAGCUGGGCUGGGGAGAGAGGAUGGACUGGGGAAAGAGGAUGGGCUGUCACAAGCAGCUUCAGCAAAAAAUUAAUUUUAGCUGCUUAUCUUGAAGGGUAUCUGGGUCUGCAGGGGUUUAUCUGUGCGGCUUUGGCUGCCUUCGUUUCUAUGUACACAUGCAGCACAUGAAAAGGCUCGUGGCACGGCACAGCGUUUGUUGACGGACUUUUAAAUGCCAUGCGAUAUCCAGCCCAAAUUGUGGAAGAACAAACACGGCAGCUGGGCUGUGACCACCAGCCUGUGCCCCCGGUGCUGUGCUGGCCUCGAUAAGGACAAAAGCUGCGCGGAAAAUGGCAUUUCCACAGGUGCCCGAAGCUCCUGCCAUCUCCCACACCUCAUUCCUUCUGCAGCAAUGUGUCCCUGUGGGUGGCCAAGUUGUGACAAAGGGGCUGCAGCAUCUCCAGCACAGCCAAAGGACCCUGGGCAGCGCAGGUGAGAUGCGCACGAGGGCUCUGCAAGGUGGUUGAGAUGCCCAAGAGGAUUUGCAGUGUGAACUGGUUUUAGAUAUAUCUAAGUGGAAGAAGUUUCUUGUGUACUUUUCUGUUAUUUUGCGGGGCAUGAAAGUCUCUGAUUGAAAAUUAAAUGUUACCAAAGCCCUUCAGGAGUUUCCCAGCCACCCUCCGAAUCAAAGGCGUAGCCAGAACAUUCUCCAAAGUGCAGAAACCAUCAGCAGCCCUAGGCUUUGGGUUUGGUUUUGGUUUGGUUUUCAUUUUCUGUUUCUGUUUGAGCCCUUUAGAACUUGAGUUCAAGGCUGUUCUGUUCUCACUGAGCUAUGCUGACUUUGUCACAGGCCUGCAAGAGUUCUCACUGUUGCGCUGGGGUUUAGGGUACACGGUGUUUCAGAAAACAGAGCAGGUUUUCAGAGCAGGUUUUGCUUUUGGCCUUUGGCUUUUCACAAGUGCUUCUCUACAGUGCAAGGCACCGAAUCCCCACGGUCCCAUGUGGGUGAGGCUUCCAGUUUUACAGGGAGCAUGCAGCACUCCUUCCUACAGUGCUAUCACCCACUGCCGUGAUUAUAACGCCAAAUAUUCUGGUGUGCAAAUAAAAAUGCUCGUGCUGGGAAGACCUAA